UUCUAACCGGAACCGGAGCAGCGAAGCUGCUAUUUCAAUUGUCAAGUGAUGUCGGUGAGCUUGCAAACUCGACUGCGAACCAGAAAAAGAACGAAUAGACUGCUACACAGUCUAGUUCAGUAGGUUCAGUACUCGACAUAGCUAACUAUCAACAUUUAAAGAUUUGCCCUGAUUUAAAAAAAAAAAAAAUAGAAGGCGUGAAAGACGAGGUAAAAAAUGUCGAACGAAAUACUGUUCCGUACCCAGCUUGCUUCCAUAAUGGAGGUGCUGGCGAACGCGGCCGUGGAGGAAAUAUGCAAACUCGUGGACGAUGGAUACGCGGUUGUGCAUCUGCAAAUGUCGGAGUACCAAAAAGAGAACGAGGCUCUGAAGGUGGCUCUCCACCUUAUGGAGCUGAAGGCAGCGCGGAGUUGCGCAGAGAGAGCGAGGGCGCCAGAGAACCACCUGGAUCCGUAUUCGGACGGAGCUCUGACGUUGCGGGACAAGCCGAGAGGAACAUCCAAGGAGGGUCCUACUGUUGCCGGAAACAGGGUGCUUGGAAAUCCUGGAGACGUUUGUCCGCAGGGUUUUCACCCGGCUGUGGAGGAGGGCAACCCAGUCACGACUUUCAGCUUGAAGCAGGUCGAGCCUGCGGGAGCAGAUAAUGACAGGAACACAUGCAUUCUAAUCAAGGAAGAAAUCCCAGAGGGAAGCAGCAAUGCCCACGCAGACAUGAAGAUCCCCGUGCAGGGAGCACUGGAUUCGGGCGCUGGGGAGGAGGACGGGGUCCCUGCGCUGGGACUCGGGGUGUCGGCUGCAGAGUGCCCGCAGGAGCACCGGGCGGGGCGCGGGACCGCCGUUUGGGAGUGUGCAGACGUGGAGGAGGGAAGGACUGAAGCACUUCUGAUAAAGGAGGAGAGAUCGGAAGAGGACAGAGACCCACAGAGAGAGAUUAACUCCAGGGAGGAGAGGCUUGUGGAACCGAGUCUCGAUGAUGGGAAACUGGCAGCUGCUCUCGGCAACCGGAGUCCGCCUUCCAAAGGCAGGGAAGAGGAAAGUGACCAGCAGAGGACCAGACGCCAUGUUUGGGAGCCCACGGCCGUGGAGGAGGAGGAGGGGUGCGAACCGCUUCCUGUGAAGGAGGAGAGACUCGGAGAGGAGGGUUCCAGCAGCGAGGCGCGGGGGGGUGCCAGGAGCUGUGGAGAGCGAGCUGUAGAGCGGGGUGGCGCCACUGUCGGGGGAAGAGUUCCCGCCCUGAACACGCAGACUGCUCCAGUGCGCCCCCUGGAGGAGCUCGCUGAGCACAGCGCCCCGAGCGGCCUUUGGGAGCUCCAGGGGUUCAGGACCGGGGGCAUGCAGAAGGCCCGGAAAGGGCGAUCUGGCCUGGGGCUCCGACACGGCGGCGCUGACCUCAGGCCUGGAGGACGGAGCAGCCUGGACUCCGAGUUUGUCCUGUACGAAAGGCCAGGCCAGCUGGGGUCCUACUGUACACAAGGGGGCGCCGUGGCGGAGACAGAGGACCCGUGUUGCUCUUACUCUGCAGAAUCGGACCCGGAGAGCCUGACCUUUCGCUCGGAGCUGCAGCGGGGUCCUCCGGUGGACGGUGGCUCUGGGAGCAGCCUGCCCUCGCUGGGCUAUCUGGACUGGAAGCCUGAGGCUGCGGUGGUGGAGACGGUUAAAAUGGAGGCCGAGGCCCGUUCCGUGUGGAACAGGCCGGUCGUGUCACGCGCUGGUCACACGCACCCCAAAAACUACGACGACGAUGACGACGACGGGGACGAAGAGAACAUUCACGCGGAAAACAUCGCCGACGUCUGCCCCCCGUUCUCUCGGAUGAGGGCGGGAGUGGGCGGAGUCAGGGACGAGCCCAGCGCCGGCGCAGCGGACUUGAACGGGUGCGGCCUCCUGCGGAAGAGCUUCGGCGCUUCCGUAGGCCUCGGGACGGAGCGCAGGUUCGAGGCGGGCGGCGGGGGGGUGUACCGUGACUCCGGGGAGGCGGGGGGGCUCAGCGGACCCCUGCAGAUGGGAGAGAGACAGUUCAGCUGCACGCAGUGCGGCAAGCUGUUCGCCCACCCCGGCCGGCUGAAGGUGCACCAGCGGGUCCACACCGGGGAGAAACCGUUCAGCUGCGCACAGUGCGGCAAGCGCUUCGCUCAGUCCAGCCACAUCAAACGCCACCAGAGAGUCCACACUGGGGAGAAACCCUUCAGCUGCACCCAGUGUGGAAAGAGCUUUUCUCACCUUUGCAAUCUCAAAACGCAUCAGACCGUGCACACGGGGGAGAGACCAUACAGUUGCACACAGUGCGGAAAGAAUUUCUCCUCCUUGGGAAAUCUCAUAAGACACCAGAGUGUUCAUAUUGGGAAAUGAUCUUAGUGAUACAUUUACAUAUGCUUUGAUUU